GGUGGAAGAUUCAGUUUCAUUUAGAGCCGCCAAACCGCAAAAUGCUCUCCAGCUCCCCACUAUUAGUUCUUGUUGUCGGGUUUUGCCUGAAUGCAGCCGAUUCGGCUGACGUGGACUGCUCCAAGCGGCCACCAUUUGUGAAUCCCAAGACCUGUUGCCCCAUGCCGGAGUUCGUCACCGCAGAGCUGAAGGAGAAAUGCGCCCAGUUCAACAUCACCCGACCACCGCCAAUGGAUGGUGAUGCCAGUGGUUCCUUCGAGGGCAAACGUCGUCACCAUCAUCCGCAUCCACCACCGUGUCUGUUCUCUUGCAUUUUCAACGAAACUGGCAUCUAUGUGGACCGCAGCUUGAAUCAGGCCAAGCUGACCAGCUAUCUCCAGGUGGUGUUCAAGGAUAGCACCGAUCUUCAGACCACAGCUACCGAGGCCUUCACCACUUGUGCCACCAAGGUGGCUGAGUUCGAAGCCAACCUACCGGCUCGUCCUCGUCCAUCUCCGCCACCUGGAAUGCCGAUGUGUCCCCACGAUGCCGGCCAUCUAAUGGGCUGUGUCUUCCGUAAUCUGAUGAAGAACUGCCCGGCAUCGAUCAGAAAUGAUUCUGAUGAGUGCACUCAAGCCAGGGAGUUCUUCACCAACUGCAAGCCACCCCGAGGACCUCCUCCCUCCGGCGAGGACAUGUAAAGCAACCGAGAAAACCUCACCAACCGACAUGCGUAGAGCAUUUAACCCCUUCCCAGACAGAAAAUUCAAUUUUUUUUCAAUUUAACGCAAUAAAUGUUUAAAGCUCAA